AUGGCGCUCGUCGAGGCCAAGCAUGCUGGCGUGUCCAUCUCCAGCACGGAGCUCGCGGACCCCUGUUCGUCGUCGUCCUCGACAACGUCGAGACGCCCAUCCGCCGGAGGGCAGGGCGCCGCCAACGGCUCGUCGUCGUCCUCGACAGCGUCGAGACGCCCAUCCGCCGGAGGGCAGGGCGCCGCCAACGGCUCGUCGUCGUCCUCGACAGCGUCGAGACGCCCAUCCGCCGGAGUGCAGGGCGCCGCCAACGGUGGAGUGCAGGGCGCCGUGGCGGCGUCCGCCGCGGCCGCGGGCGCAGGGCGCCGCCGGGCAGGUCAUCGCGCCGAGGAUGCCCAGGGCGGCUGCGGCGAGGGCGGCGCGGAGAGGUCGGUCGGGGCGGGGCAGCCGCGCGGCCAGGGCGCACACGGCGAGGGCGGCUGCGCGCGGGAGCGCCGCCUCGGGCAGGCCUCCGCCGGCGCGGGCCUUGCCGCGGGCAGGCCUCCCCUAGCGGGGCGAGCCGCCACCGCCGCACGCGCGAGCCAGGGAGAGGGCCAUGGCGCCGCACGAAGCUCCGCUUCGGUGGGGCCAUCGCCGGCGCCGAGGCGGCGAGCUCGGUGCUAUCCUGCCGCUGCGGGCCGUGGCCGCGCCGCGCCCCUGCACGCGUCCCCACGGGCCGCGAUCCCGCAGCACGCCGAGCGCAGCACCGCCGAGGUCCUCCGCUGCGCGCGAGUCAGGGAGACAGAGGAAAAGAACCGUAAGGAAGAAGAAGAUGAUAAGUGGGACCCGCUCGUCAUUGAGAGGAGAGAGUUUAAGCAAUUUUAG